AUGAAUUCACAUUCGGCAACAACUACAUUAGGGGACAUAAUAGAUGAACUCAGGCUCAAAUAUGAUUCUUCGGUUGGAUUAUUGGAUGGUGCUGCCAUCAGAAAGAUUCCGAAUCUCAAUACUUUGCACAACUUGAGUAAACUAUUAGCGAAGCUUGCCAAAAAUUUACAAGAAAUCGAGCGGAAAGAUAACAUUCUACUCGAAAGGUUAAACAAAUUGAAAAACUCAGCAGAUGGUGGUGAUGAUAUAUCUGAAAGUUCAGAUGCAAGGAAGCGAGAGAAUGACGAUAAUGAAGAGGACGAAAGUAUACCAUUAGCAAAGCGGAGGAAGAAAGACACAAUCAAGUCAGAAAUAGAGGAUUUGGAUAAAGCACCAGCUCCAUCAAAGAACUCCAGUUCAGGAAAUUUGGAAGAGGUCGUUGGAUCUGUUGGAGUAGUGGGUGGUGAAGACGAAGAAGCUGAUGAGAAAGGGAAAGUCAAUUCAAAGGAUGAUCCAAUCCCUCCAGUCCAGACUGGCUCCUUUACGCCUAGCAAUGAUACACGAUUGAAGAAUCCAAAAUCUGAGUUCGUCACUUCACAGACCCUAUCAGCAGAGACAAUUGCAGAGUUAGGUCUAUUUUCAGAAACUAACCAUGGCCUCGAAACACAAGGAAAGGACUAUUUAAAGCGUAAGUAUGGAGUUGCUUCAUAUCCAGAGAAUGAUUUGAAAGACAUGCUCCCGGGCGAAAUACCUGACAUGGACUUCUCGAAAAGCAAAGCCCCUUCCAAUCAAGUCCAGUUUUCUACAUACCAAUCCUACAUUGAGUCAUACUUCCGUCCCUUUUCCAAUGAUGAUAUCAAGUUUUGCAACGAGAAGUUUGUUAUCCCUCCCGGUUUUGAAAAACGAGAUUAUGAUCCAACUACCACCCCGUAUUUGAUUCCAAAAUUGGGACCGUUCUAUGCUGAUGUAUGGGCUGAAGAGGAUGCAGCUUUAAGGUCCAAAUUAAGCUCGCCUGCGGCACCCCGUCCCCCUUUAGAAGCUUACAAAGCUAAAGGCGAUUUUGAGAAUUUGAAUGAUGAUAAGUUGCUAACGGAAGAUAUUUCUUGUGGUCCCUUAUCCAGUCGGUUAUUAUCAGCGGUUUUAAGUGUGCACGAAGCUAAAGAUAAAAUACAAGAUGAAGGAGAAGAGAAAAUGGCUGAUACUGAACAGAAUGACAUCAAGAAAGAAGAAGCUGAUGGAGAAGAGAAUCUCCUAGCAGAAGAUUCUGCUACGCAAUUAGAUAGUGGGGAAACCUUCAAGGUCACGUCAGAAGUUAGUGACUAUUUCUCUAUGGAGGAAAGACUUAAGAGAGAACUAAAAUACAUUGGUAUAUUCAUGAAUCUACAAAAUGAUGAUGAAGGGAAACCCAAAAAGCCAGGGAAUAUCAUUGACACAGAUGAUUGGAUUUUGAACAGAGAAGAUGAUGAAAUUUGCUCGGAAAUCAGAGAGUUGCAAGAUGAGCUAAAGGGUGCUGUCAUAAGAAACAGGCAACGUAAAAAGUACCUCAUUCCAAUUCUUGAAGAGCAGUUGGCCUACCAAGAAUACUGCACAAUUUUGGAAGAUUUAGAUAAGCAAGUUGACCAGGCUUAUAUGAAGAGGCUUAAAGCUAAGAGCAAGAAAAAGAAGACUCCAGAAGUCACGAACACUGCACAGCAGCAAGCUGCUAAUAGUGGUUUGAAGGCCUUGUUGGACAAGAGAAGUAGAUGGAUUAACAGCAUUGGCAAACUAUUUCCUCCUGCUCAUAUCAUGAAGAGAAUACCCAAAGAAAGUAUCUUCAAAGAUAAUGUGGUUUCGGAAGAAAAAGAAGCGGAAGAAGAAGUAGAUGUGGUCAACGACGAAGAAACCUAA